GGAGGGGACAGGUGCCCAGUGUACUCGGGAGAAAAGGGAGCCAGGAGGCUGAGUGCUGCACACCCGGCAGGAAAGACAGGCAGAGCUGCCUGCACUGGAGGAGACGGGGACUGCAGCUGCGGACUAGUCUAUUCUUCACAGCAGAGCCGGAGGCUGCUCCACUGUCCCUGCUCCUCUCCACUAGGAACUACUUAACCCUCCACCUGCUGGCUGCACUGGGAGCUGGCAAUCAUGGGGUCUACCGCAUCGGGCAGAGGAUUGUUUAUUAUGGGCUGCUUUUUGGCACUGAUCCUGCCAUCAAUUGUUGCGAGGAAGCCAUGCCACAAAGUGAAACUCAUAGUACCACCUGUUAUCUACUCCGGAUCUAUGAUUGGCAAAGUAAACCUGCAGUCGUGUAUGCAUUCCAAUGAUGUCAUCGGUGGGACAGACAAUCCUGAUUAUGUUGUAGAACAUGUGGAUUCCCAAUAUGCCAUAUAUUCUACUAAGCGGAUUACAAUGCCGAAUCAUGCCUUGUCUUUUAACAUCAUUCUCCGGGAUAGCGUUCUCUCCACUGAGAAGCUUGUUCGUAUUAAGCUCGUAACUGAAGAAAAGGUUGGUAAAACAAGACUUGUCAGAGAACUGUUAAGGCGGACAAAAAGAAGAUGGCGUCCUAUGCCCUUCUCAGUCCAUGAGAACUAUAGAGGAAAAUUUCCAGCUCAUGUUCAACAGAUCCAAUCUGAUACUCAGCAAGAAUAUGAGAUAUAUUACUCUAUCACGGGGCAGGGAGUUGAUCAGCCACCCAUUGGAUUGUUUGAGAUAAAUUCUAAAACUGGUGAUAUUUAUAUCACUGGGCCAGUCGAUCGUGAAGAAUAUCCAUUUUUCCAGCUUAUGGCUUAUGCAAAAACAAAGGAUGGUUAUGCUCCUGAAUCUCCACUCGACCUGCCCAUCAUAGUAGAAGACGACAAUGAUAACGCACCAGUUUUUACAGAACAGUCAUUUUGUGCAGAAGUUCUGGAGCACACCAAAGCUGGUGAGAUUGUAGGAAGAGUAAAUGCUACAGACCGAGAUCAGCCAGGCACACGCCACACCCUGCUGAGAUAUUAUAUUAUUCAGCAAAGUCCUCCAUCGCCUCUUAUGUUUAACAUAAAUCCCGAAAAUGGAAUAAUCACUACCGCUUCAAACCGGCUUGACAGAGAGACUCAGAGCCUGUAUACCCUUACUCUCCUAGUCCGUGAUAUGGGUGGAGACAUCGGCGGUUUAUCUUCUACUGGAACAAUGUCUAUAACUGUGCUUGACAUCAAUGAUUUUGCUCCAAGUUUCGUUACACAAUCGUAUCAGGUAGAAGUAAAUGAAAAUGAAAGCGGAAUGGUUAUUCUAAGAAUUCCUGUGGUGGAUAAUGACAUGCCUGAUACGCCAAACUGGAAAGCUGUGUUUACGAUCACCCAAGGGAAUGAGCUUGGUCACUUCAACAUAUCUACUGAUCCAAACACAAAUGAGGGACUACUGUCUGUUAAAAAGGGACUCAACUAUGAAGAAACCAAACGAUUUCUAUUACAAGUAGCAGUUGCUAAUGAAAUGAGUGUUAUAACACAGUCCGGGACUAAAACCAGUGGUGCAAGCACUAUUCCAGUUACCGUCAUUGUAAAAGAUGUGGAUGAAGGACCAGAGUGCACGCCCGCCAUUAAAGAUGUACGUGUCAAAGAAAAUCAGACUGCCGGAGCACUUGUUGCUCAAUUGUCAGCUACUGACCCCGAAACUAAAAGUGGGUCUGGAAUACGGUAUAAGGUAUUAUCAGAUCCACUGUCCUUGGUUAGUAUUGAUGGAAAUACAGGCCGGAUAACAACAGAAAAGGUUCUGGAUUAUGAGUCGAAAGAAAUUCCAAACCAUCAAUACAAUGUGACAUUUUUGGCAACUGAUCAAAGUGGAAAAUCUGGUACCUGCACAAUAAUGAUGAUAAUUGAAGAUGUGAAUGACAACUUCCCAGUUAUACCAAGAUCUCUAACUGUUUGCCAAACUGGCAGAACCUAUGCAGUCAUUGAAGCAUCAGAUGAUGAUAGCAUGCCACAUUCCAGCCCCUACGUUUUUGCCUUGGAUAGCAGUAGAGAUGCAACUAUCUCAAACACGUGGCGCAUUAUUCCUGUAGAUGAUAAUUCUGCACGUAUAGAAGAAGUCGGUAGCCUUCCCCUAGGGAGUUACUUGGUUCCAGUAAGAGUAGUUGAUAAACAGGGUUAUGGUGUUACACAGGAGAUUACUAUGACAAAGUGUAACUGUGCCAAUAGCCUCACUUGCCUUGACCGAUCUUCAGAUAAGAAUGUGUCCCUUGGAGGUCUGGCUAUUCUUGUGAUGGUCCUGUCAGCGGUGUUGUUUGCUUUACUUCUUGGUUUGUUAGCAGCCUGUCUGUGUGGAUCUAAAUCAGUUACAUCUAAAACUGGAUUCCCUGAUGAUGGACCACAACAAAACCUACUUAUAAACAACACCGAAGCACCUGGAGCAGAUGUUAUGGAAGGAAAUUUCAAAGUCCCCGUGAUCAUGGUGAAUCCUGAUACUGCAGGACAUGCCCCACCACCUGGUUCACAUGACAGUGGACAACAUGGUGCACAUAUGGGACAACAUAUGGGACACAUGACACAAAAUAUAAAAUCAACUAAUCUGCAUUCUGACUCAGCCGUUGGUGGUCGACAAACACUCCUUUCUUACAGAGAAGGGCAUCACAUGAUGGAUGCUGGCAGACACACUUAUGGUGAUUGGCAUAGUUUUGUGAACACUCAUCUUGGAGAUAAAUUAUACAUGUGCGGACAGGAUGAAGAACAUCAACAUGGCGAGGAUUAUGUAGUGCCAUACAACUAUGAGGGAAAAGGUUCAAUGGCUGGAUCUGUGGGCUGCUGCAGUGAACUUCGAGGAGAAGAAGACAGAAUGGACUUUUUAAAUCAUUUAGAGCCUAAAUUCAGGACAUUAGCAGAAGUCUGUGCAAAGAAAUGAGUGAACAUUUUGUCCAUUAUUAGGAAUUAUUUUUCCUUUUUACCUUUUAUCUAAAUCCUUAAAACCUUUUACCACUAAAGCCACUUCUAACAAUUGUUUUCCAAACAAUUUGUCCAAUUCAGUCUUAUAGAAGGGAACCCUGUUUCUGUUGUAACCUGGUUUAUUACAUCAAUUUAUCUAAAAUACUGUUAAUAUAACAUUUUGUAUCGGCUUCACCCAUUGCCCUUGUUUAAAAAAAUUAGAACAGGAAAGAUGUUUUGAAUGCAAAAUUGAUUAUUGACCACUUUGUGUUUUCGUUUAAGGGUUUAGAUAUGUCCAUACUUGAGGUGGGUGAUGCAGUAUGUGUUUUUGUAUAUUUUGUAUGUAUAUUUUUUUUUCUUCUUUUUUUGAUGCCUGUCAAACACAUUAAUUAUUGGAUUAAUCUGAUGCAAAAUCCAAUUAAUCACAACAUUAGAUAUUCUUUGUUUUCUUUAGUGUAGCUUUAAACUGACAAUGUCUGCUUAUGCUUUUAGCACAGAGGAAUGGGGUUUUCUAUCUCCCCAAACACUUAUGGAAUUUAAAGACACUGCACCUUAUUAAUUUUUAUUUUUAUUUUUUUAUUAAUUUGGUAAACUCCCUAUAAAACUACCUUCUAAAAAAUCUGAAAUAAUAAUAAAUUGCUAUUGAACUAAUAUGUUUGAAAUGUUCUACACUUUAGUACAAACUUCCUUUUUUGUUAUAUUUAUAUUUUUGUAUAGCAGAGCUAGUAUUCUAUUGUGUCUGUAAGAAAAAGAAACACAACCCAAAAUACAUCCAUUAAUGGGACAUUAGCUAUUAACAGGUUUUAGUCAGGCAUAACUUGAAGCUUAUGUGCCACAAUACAAAAUCUGUAACAGUCCUUCUAAUGAUCACACUUAAUUUAUACUGGCGGUCCCCUUAUAUAGGGUAGAGGCUCCCCCAGGUCCCUAGUGUGGCUGCAGCCUUAACCCCCAAAAGCUAUGCCUUUUUAGUUGAAGUAGUCUCGUGCAUAGUGGUCACAUAUGAAAUUGUGUGACGCUAAAAAUUUAUAGUGAGUUUAAGUCUUAAAUGUCAUAAAUGUCAUUGACCUAUUAUGUUUUUAUUUUUAAAUUUUUUUUUUAAAUUUUUAUUAUUUUUUGUUCCCUCCAAUGUAAAUUGCACUGGUAUUAUUUAAAUAGUUUUGUGUUUGUAUCUCUUAAAUACUGUGUACAAUGUCUGUGGAAUUCAGAAUAAUAGUCAAAGUUAUGUGUAAUCUCCUUGUGUACACGUUGUAUCUGGUAAAACAGAAUGUGUAUGGUAGUGUUUUUUGUUUUUUUUUUUGCUUGCAAAGUCUACUUUUGUAGAGGCAAACCAAACCAAAUUUACAAUGAUCGCUUACAAAACAAAAAAUGUACAGUGUUAAAAAUAUUUUUGUAAGACUAUGCUUUUUAAUACCUAUUUCUAUUCAUAGAUUGCCGUGUAAGAAAAUACUGCAUAAUGUGUAUGAGUUUGCUCUAGACUGUUUAAUACUUAAGGGGUUUCCAGAAUGCAUGUAAAUAAAGCUUAAGGGGAGUCUAUCGCCUGUUUUUGUGAAAUUAAACUGCUGGUAUUGCUAAAUGGAGAACACUAUUGUGUAAUGACUGCAAGCUUUAGUAUAUUUAUGUGUUGCCUGACUAUCUGGGAAACCGGUUUUAUUUAGUGUGCAAAUGAGCUGUUUAGUGCACUGGGGGUGUGACUAUCUUUAGGAGCACAGCUGUGCCCACUCAAACCCCUCCCAUGUCCUUCUUUAGCCAUGCCUGGCUGAGCAGGAGAUGGGAGGGGUCAGGGCAGGCAGGCAGGCACCAAAGAGCUAAUUAGUGUAUUGAAUAAAAAAGUCAAAUGACAAAGUACAUUAAGAUACUAAAGCUAGCGUUUAUUGCACAUUUACUUCCUCUGUUCAGCCAUGCCUGCGGUUUCAUUUUGCCAAAACUGAUGGUAGAUUACCCUUUUAAAGGCAUUGUCUGGCAGGAAGGAAUUUUUUUUACAAAGGUGAAAGACUGGGAUAAAAAAAAAAAAUACUCCCCUCGCCAAUCUCCCACUGCUGCUGUUUUGAUGCAUACUGAGUCCCUCCUGAUCUGAUUCAACCCUUUUCCAGCCAGGAAAUGGUUGGAAAUUCCUGCUCAACCAAUUUCUAACUAAAGCGAUUCACUGUGGCAACCCUACAUGGGCUGUGUGUGUUGGGAUGGGACCAGGAUGUAGAGAUCAGCAGAGACCAGCAGGGGGGUGUUAAGGUAAAAGUUAACAAUUAUAGGCCAUCUCCUUAUCACAGCUAGAUGGUAGAUUAAUAUCAAAUUUAUUCUUGCUAAAUACAUCAGCAACAAGACAGAUCUUUCUCCUCUCAUGCUCCAAUGUGUCAGUGAAAGUAAAAUUUGGCAUGUGACGUGUCCGUGUUUUUUUUUUUUUUCUCCUCUUUAACAUCAGAGGAUUGCUGACAUACUGUGAGCAGGAUUAGGUUUGUACAGGUUUUUAGCCUGGAUGUAAACAAUAAUAAUUUCAUUAACCUAUAAAAAUAGUGAGGAGUUAAAGGGGUAGUCCAAUGCUGAAAAACUAUCCCCUAAGAUUGCGGGGGGUCCGGUCGCUGGGGCCCCCCGCGAUCUCCUGUACGGGGCCCCAGCUCGCUGGCCAGAUACUGGGUGUGGACCACCGCACGAAGCGGCGACUGACACGCCCCCUCAAUACAUCGCUAUAUCAGAGCCGGAGAUUGCCCAAGGCAGCGCUCCAGCUCUGCCAGAGAGUUGUAGUGAGGGGGCGUGUCAGAUGCCGCUUCAUGCGGUGGUCAACACGCCCGCUUCCCUCUGCCGGGGCCCUGUACAGGAGAUCGUGGGGGGCCCCAGCGGUCGGACCACCGCGAUCUGAAACUUAAACUCUCUCCUAAAGGAUAGGGGAUAUUUUUUAUUUUUUUUAUCACUGGAUAUCUCCCUUUAAUGCACAAAAUACAUUGUUAUAUAUGUAUACAGUUUGGGGGAGAUUUAUCAAAACCUGUGUAGAAGAGCGGUGCAGUUGCCCAUAACAACCAAUCAGAUUGCUUCUUUAAAUUUUUAAAGAGGCCUGUGUUAAUUUAGAAAAAAUAUUUUAAAUGUUUUUUCGUUUUAAACUCUCAUGUACUAUUUGUUUUUAAGAUUGUGGAAGUUACCAGAUUAAUUCCAGGUUUCACAACUGCUUCCCAACACCAACCAGCAGUUCAGACUGUUGAGACCUACGCAGUUGGCAAACGUUAGCAAAAGUCAUGCAGCAAUUCCCACUCUGUCACCUGAAUUUCUCCAUUGCUAGGCCAAAAGUCUUGCUUUUUUAAAAUUUUUUAUACACUAUUCUGUACAUAUUUGAUGUGCAGGAUUUGAAGCUGCAGAGUGCAUUGUAAACAAAAUGACUGAACACUGUUUCAUAUCUGCAGCUUCAAAUCCUGCACAUCAAAUAUGUGCAGGAUACUGUAUGUCUAAAAGUUUUAAUCAAUUGUAUAUGAACAAUAUAAAGAGGAUUUAAACCCAAAGCAAAAUAAAGGCUAUAUUAUCCAUGCAUCGGUAGCCAUAGUGGGAAUUAUAUUUGUGUGUGUUUUGAUUUUUCUAUUGAGCUGCAGCAGCCAUAUUGGUUUGAACUCUUAGAAAUGUUUGAGACGCUAUCAAUUAAUAAUAUAUUAAGUUAUUUAAAAGUGGCAACCGCACCAUUACUUUGGCAGAAAUAGUCGCCAAAACCAAACCAAAAAAAAGGAAUUAUGCAGUGAGUGAAAGAAAUAUUAUUGUCAAACUAUGAGCCACUUUACCCUUUUAUUCAAUAAUGUUAUCUUGUGCCCUUAAGGAAUAGUGUUUGAAGAUGAUAUGUCCUUAUUAAACAUAUGAAAAAGUGUUAACAUGCCAUGCAGUUGUGCAGUAUUUUUAAAUAAAAGCUGAAUG